CGGACGUCGCCGCCGCGGCCGCCGCCGCCGCCGCUGCUGGCUUCGCGGCCGCCGGCGGGCAGGAGGCGUCCGGCGCGCUGCCGGGCACGAGCCCGCUGUCGGGGGGCCCAGAUUUCGGGGCCUUUGAAAGCAGCUUUGGGCGCGGCGGCGCGGGCGGCUGGCCCAGCUAG